ACUAUGAGAAUGUGACCUCGCUGGGGUUUCCAGUUUCCAAACCUGAUGUCAUCUCCCAACUGGAACGAGGGGAAGAGUCGUGGGCCUCAGAUCUCCAGGGCUCAGAGGAAAGAGAGAUCCUGAGAGGCAUCUGCACAGGUGUUGGGAUGAUGAGUGAGACCAUGAAGCAGACUCCUCAGCACGAAGAGGGUGAGCAAGUGGAACCACCUGGGGCGUUAUGGCAAAGAUGCAAAGGGAGUGUGACCAGGAGUUGUGAGCAGGGAAAAGCCUGUGAGAGUCAGCACGUUCCAGAGAAAUGGCAGGGAAACCAGCCAAUGCAGAAAUUUGGUAAAUCUGUUAAUUAUCAGGGAACUCACAAAGGCCUCAAGGAAACCACAGACCAGCAGAGAAUCCCCGUGGGAGAGAGAAGUAACACAUGCGCUGAGUGUGGGGAAAAGUUCAGUAGGCACUCAUGUCUUAUUAGCCAUCGGAGAAUCCAUACUCGAGAGCAACCCUAUGAAUGCGGUGAGUGUGGGAAAACCUUCACGCGGAGCUCAAACCUCAUUGCACAUCAGAGAAUCCACACGGGGGAGAAACCCUAUAAAUGCUGUGAAUGCGGGAAAACCUUCACUCUUAGCUCAACCCUCAUUGCACAUCAGAGAAUCCAUACAAGGGAGAAACCCUAUGAAUGCUGUGAGUGCGGGAAAACCUUUACUCAGCGCUCAAACCUUAUUACACAUAAGAGGAUCCACACAGGGGAGAAACCCUAUGAAUGUUGUGAAUGCAAGAAAACCUUCACUCAAAGGGCAUCUCUUAUUAGUCAUCAGAGAAUCCAUAGUGGGGAAAAACCCUAUGAAUGCUGGGAGUGCGGGAAAGCCUUCAUUGUGAUCUCAAAUCUUAUUAAACAUCAGAAAAACCACACAGGGGAGAAACCCUACAAAUGCUGGGAGUGCGGGAAAACCUUUGCUUGGAGCUCAAACCUUAGUUCGCAUCAGAGAAUCCAUACAGAAGAGAAACCGUAUAAAUGCAGUGAAUGUGGGAAAACCUUCACUCAGAUCUCCCACCUUAUUACACAUCAGAGAAUCCAUACGGGGGAGAAACCCUAUGAAUGCCGUGAGUGCGGGAAGACCUUCUCUCGGAGUUCAGUCCUUAUUAUACACCACAGAAUCCAUACAGGAGAGAAACCCUACGAGUGCUGUGAGUGUGGGAAAACCUUCACGCAGAGCUCAACCCUUGUUACACAUCAGAGAAUCCACACAAGACAGAAACCCUGUGAAUGAUGUGAGUUCAGGAAAACCUGCACUCAGAGCUUAAUCCUUAAUACACAUGAGAAAAUUCAUCAAGGGGAGCGCCUCUAGGAAUGCUGUGAGUCCAGGAAAACUUUUGCUCAUGGCUCACACCUUAGUGGAUGUCAAAGGACCCACAAAAGAGAGAUCCUAUGAAUUCUCUGAGUGUAGGAAAUUUUGUCAGAGUUCAGCCCUUUUUUAUUAUCAGAAAAGCUGUAAGGGAGAUAAAUACCAUAAACCUCGAUUAGGGCUGAGAAAAGAUUUUGUUUUUCUUUUGCUAAUUCCCACAUAAUGAACUUCAAGGCAGCAUUUAUGUCAUUGUGGUCUCUCAGCUCCCCCAGCUGAGUUGUUUGCUUUUCCCUUUUGCACUCACCCUUCCUUGGGGUGAAUCUCACAAUUUUUUCUUUUUCACCAACUCCUUUGUCCUAUGUCAUGGAAAUGUAUGUCCCUCCAACAGGAAUGUCCAUCAGCCCCAGGUGCGGGAACUGAGAGUCACUUCAACUAGGUACAUGGAAGUUAAAUCUACCUGGGCCUUGACUGCAUUAGGAUAUUCCAUGGAGUGAGUUAGCUCGAGUUAGCUAUCCUGAUGAAAGAAUAGUUGUGUUUUUACAGUAAAGGAAAUAGCUCAUGUAUAGUGGCCAGGGAAAUUUAGCAAAUUUCCUCAAGACCCGACGUAACCUCCAUCACUUCUAGUCUAAACAAAUUUGGAGCAUCAUAUUCAUACUUUUCCUCCCACUGCAAAGUGAUUGUUCGUCACCAGGUUUCCUCACUAGGGACAAAUCCUCUCAUUCCCAGUUGUUCUUACAAUGCACUGGGUUGUGCUGAAUCACUGUGUUUUGUAUCAUUUUUCUUAUUUUAAAUAUAACAAAGAGAAGGAGCAGGAUUAGGGAUAGGAAAAUAUGUUUUUUCAGCUCCUAUGACACCUGAAGUGGUGAGUUGGAAGCAUUCCUGUGGUCAGAAUUAGUUCAGCAGUAUUUCCUUAUCUGAGCCAUAUAGAAUUUAUCUUCUACACAUUCUACAACUCUGCCUCUCAAUGUGUCAUAUGAUUCAGUGUUCUCAGUCCUCUGCUUUGGAAUCACACUUUGUUUUCUUUGAUCUUAAAACCUAGUAAUUUAUGGCCUGAGAUGAAAUUGGCAGAGACCUGGAAUGGGAAUUUUACUGGAUCUCAAACACAGGGCCCUCAUUUGGAGUUUAAAUCCCAGUUUCCAACUUUUAGCAAAGGAGAUGGGAUUGUUUGCAGAUGGGAAGGUUAACAGGGUUUUUAUCUUGUUCUGUUUCCUUCCUUUUCAUUACAAUGCUUCUAGAUGUUUUGUAAAUAAUACAACUCAUCACUAAUGAGUGAAGCAGAUUUAAGUGGAUCAGAGGAGAAUUCACUGAGAGAAUCUCUUGUCUUGGUUCUGAGUCCACACAUUUAACCUGCUCUGGAAUUUCUAGUUCUAUAAAACUGGAUUUAUCUUAUAUCUCUCCGUGAUGUGAGGUUUUCCUCUUUCUUGAGGGCCAUUUGGUCACAAAACGGGAUAUUAGUUUGAUUUGUCAACCUGUCACUCUGAUUUAUUGGGGACUUUGAGAAAAUGACCAUUUUAGCAAGUAGUCAUUUCUUACUUUAUUUUUGUUUUUUCCUUGCCCCCCUCCAUGAUGACAUGGAGAAACUUCAAGUGCAGUUCAGUCAACAGAAGAGAAUACUCCGAGUUAUUGGACAUAUCACCAACUGGUUUUAAAUCUCCAGUCUGAAAUGGUGAGCAGCAGCAUGCCCCAAAUCAUGCAACUAACAGAAGUAACUGGAUACAGUCACAGUGCUGUUCAGUUCUUUAGAUCAAUAUUGUCUCAGAUGAUCUGGAAAGAGAAUUCCACAGUAAGUGAUUAGGAACUAGGCAAAAGGCUCGUAUAUGUGUUUCCCAAGGCAGUUGUGAUGCAGGGUCUUGUGACAGACUUGUUCACACCCUGAACACUAUUACAGUAAUUUUUGUAUAAGGCUUGUCUUGUCAGGUACCAUUUAAAAAUUCAUAAUUUGCUGAUCAAUAGUAUGGAAAAGUACACAUAGCAGCACUGUAUGUAAUGUAAUAAACACAAGCUGAAAUCAUGGCUAAAUGUAUGUAUGGCAGAUAAAUCUGAGGAAUGGCCAAAAGCAAUUCCUCAGAGACCAAAUGCCACCUCAGCCAAGUGUAAACAAAGCUGAUGGACCAUUCCCUGCUAAGUGGCAGGAAAGGGGGAAAGAGCAAAAAAAAUAUGCAUUUUAGGCCUGUCUGCACUAGAGUUUGACAACAAAAUUGUGCCGCUUUAAUUAAACUGCUUUUGUAUGUUCA